GCCAGCAGCACGCGUCACGCCAUCUCGUCCAUUCCUGAAUACCGGAGUUGAUUACUUCGGACCUCUUUACGUACGAGUAGCUCCUCGACGUACCACAACGAAGGCAUAUGUUGCCAUUUUCAUUUGCCUAUGCACAAAGGCCGUGCAUCUAGAGUUGGUGUCUGACCUGUCGACUGACCGAUUCCUUCAAGCCCUACGCCGGUUUAUAUCAAGAAGGGGGCUAUGUGCACACAUCUAUUCUGACAACGGGACAAAUUUUGUCGGAGCCUGGAAUAAAAUAAAAGAAAUUUUCAUAAGAAUGAAGAGCAACGAUUACCGUGAUACGAUUUCCAAGGAAUGCACCAAAUAUGGUAUCCAAUGGCAUUUUAAUCCUCCACGUGCUCCCCAUUUCGGAGGUUUAUGGGAGGCAGCGGUCCGUUCUGCGAAAAAACAUCUUCUGAAGGUCGUUGGAGAACAUCCGGUGUUGGUAGAAAAUUUGUCAACGUUACUGGUUCAGGUGGAAGGCUGUCUCAACUCACGUCCAUUGACUCCAUUAAGUGAUGAUCCAACCGAUUUAGAUCCUCUAACGCCAGCGCAUUUUUUAAUUGGUUCCUCACUCCAAGCACUGCCGGAACCAAGCACCGAAAAUAUUCCCAUCAACCGGCUUAAUAGAUGGCAGUUGGUACAACGACAACUCGAGGAUUUCUGGAAACGGUGGCGCAGAGAAUACCUUUGUCAACUUCAAGGGAGAAACAAACGAUGGAAACCUCCAUUGAAAAUCGAUGUUGACAAACUAGUGGUCAUUCAAGAUGACAAUCAGCCACCCAUGCGGUGGAAAAUGGGCAGAAUCAUCGCCACUCACCCAGGCCCAGAUGGUGUUGUUCGAGUAGUGACAUUAAAAACUGCCACAGGAAUUUUGAAGCGACCGGUAGAGAAAAUAUGUAUGCUUCCGAUAGUUGACUGCAAUGCCGAUUCAGCACAAGAACAUAUGUAGUCGAAGACUGUUUACAUUUCUUUCCA